AUGCCCCCAAAGCAGCACCGCCACCAAAAGAAGGACAAGAACGACAAUGCGUUGCAGAACACAAUUGGGUUUGUUCCUCCUGGAGCCACUCUCGCUAGUGUGUCCGGUUACCGUCCUCCUGACGCCUUUGUUAACCGAAUCGAUAGAAAUAUACCGGUCCCCGCCCGCCUGCGCCACACACCAGUUUCCCUCAUUGAAGCGGUGAAUGAUUUCCACUACGCAAUGAUGAAUGAUGAGGAACGCAAUAAUUUCUACUAUGAGGUUUUGAAGAAACAUGUGACUCCAGAAACUGGUGUACUGGAGAUUGGUGCUGGAUCAGGUUUACUGUCUCUCAUGGCCGCUAAGCUUGGUGCGAAGUGGGUUGUUGCAGUGGAGGGAAGCGAAGAAUUGGCGAAGUUGGCACGUGAGAACAUCCGUGCUAAUAAUAUGGAACAUCAGGUAAAGGUUCUUCAUAUGAUGAGUACAGAGCUCAAAUCAAAGCACUUACCCGAACCACCGGAUGUUCUUUUGUCGGAGAUAUUUGGAACGAUGAUGCUUGGAGAGUCGGCACUAGAUUAUGUUGUGGAUGUGAGAAAUAGGUUACUGAAGCCAACAACGAAAAUAAUUCCACAGUUUGGAACGCAAUACGCCGUCCCCAUCGAGUGCGACGCUCUUCACCGUAUUUCAUCUGUAUCGGGCUGGCGUGACUUGGACCUGAAGCAUAUGAUGACAUUGCAGGAUACCGUGAGUAUUGUCUUUGCUAAACACUACGGUAUCCGUAUGAACAGUGUGAACUUCAGGAGGUUAAGCGAUCCCAUAGAGCUAUUCAGAGUCGACUUUAGCUCCUCGAAUCGGAACGAUAUUCCUCGGCGAAAGCACUUCGACGUUGUGGCUAAAGAGAGUGGAACGGCCCAUGCAAUGUUGUUCUACUGGAAAGUUACCGACGAUGAAUUUGUCAUGUCAACGGACCCGGAAGACACAGUCAACAACUUCCCACGUGAUAUGCAGUGGGGUCAGGCGCUUCAGCUGUUGGACGCCUCUAACGGCCCUCUGCCCACACCGGUUGUAUUCACCGAGGGAAAGAAUUAUAACUUUGAGUGUAAUUUUUCGGGAGACCGCGUGAUUCUUCACAUGCAGCUCUGCCCCGAAAGUGGGAACGGUGAAAUGACUGAGUGCGAGGGCAAAACAACCUGA